GUAAAUCAAUGGAUCAUUAGAUCAAUGGAUCAGUAGAUCGAUGGAACUGUAAAUCGAUGGAAUAGUAGAUCGAUGGAUCGGUAGAUCGAUGGAACAGUAGAUCGAUGGAUCGGUAGAUCGAUGGAUCGGUAGAUCAAUGGAUCAGUAGAUCGAUGGAUCGGUAGAUCGAUGGAUCGGUAGAUCGAUGGAUCGGUAGAUCGAUGGAUCGGUAGAUCGAUGGAUCGGUAGAUCGAUGGAUCGGUAGAUCGAUGGAUCAGUAGAUCGAUGGAUCGGUAGAUCAGUGGACGGGUAGAAAUACUGGAGGAAAUCAGCCUGGGGAAGAGGUCUCUCUGUUUGUCCUGGUAAAGAGUUCCGGUAGAAAACAUGGCGGUCACGGCCAAAGUGCUAGAGCUAUGGUUUUCACAGUUUUUCUUGGUUUGUCUUACGACUCGGAGUUCUUUAGUCAAGGUAAAUAAGGAAACAAAAGAAUUUAUUCGGCUUGUCAUUGAAAAUAGCAACAGACAAGUCAUCUGCUUCUCAAGUGGGCCUGUUCGUGCAAUUCCUCGUGGAACGCGUGUCAAGAAUGCAGUUGGUGAUUCCCCCAGUGCUUUUCUGGUACCAGAUGUCUUGUUGUGGGAUCCGCUGUUACAUUUUCCAGAGCUAGUCCUUCUCUGUCCGUCAUGCGCAAGAAACAAAGAAUCCAAUAUCACCUCUUGUGAUCACUUCAAAAAAAGGUGCAAGUGUUUUCAAAGUGUGAAAGGUUGUAAUGACUACUGCCAGUGUCUUGGGUGUGAAAACCCAUAUGGAAAAAAGGCAAAAGCAGAAUACAAUAGUUAUCCAUCCGAAACAAGUAAAAGAAAACGACGAGCACAGGAAAUGACAACAGAGAGUAUGUCUGGAAAACACUUUCUGCUUAAAAGAACCUGCUUGGAGAGUGUUAGCAGAUGGACACUUCUUGAAGAGCUAGUGAAAUAUAGUGAAAAGGAUAGGUGCAAGAAUGCAGCUUGAUACUAGUUAAUGUGUUACUAAUUGUUGGUUUGGGGAAUCAGUAUUUUGCAGCUGCUAGUGGCUGCAGAAAAGAAGAAAAGGGGUUUCUUAUAGCAGAUGCUCCCCACCCUCUUUGCCAGUCUCCCUCUUUUUACCCCUCAUUACGCCUACUAAGCAGCCUACAGAAUCUGUGUAGCACAGUAAGUCUGCAAGACCGAAACAAACUCAACGUCCAAGCCUAUUUGUAAUUAAAUUUGGAUAAGAUGUGGCAUCUGUAACUGAUCUAAAGUCUGCUGGAUUUGGAAUGCCAAGAUUUAAACCAGUUGCAUUUCUGAUAUGCCAAUAUGAACAUGCUUAUAAAACAUGGGGGGGGGAGGAAGUGCAAACUGUUUAUUAUAAAAUAAUUUGCAUCUCAUCAACCAUGCCAAUCAUACCGAAUCACAGUCAUUAUCCCAUGCUGGUUGUUAUAAUUGAAUGUGUAUGGGGUGAUUAAAUAUUACUGCAACUACCCAUCAAAUCCUGCUUUCAGGUAGUCAAUAAGUUCUGUAUAUAAAAAUCACAUUUGUUUUGUUUUGCCUGGUUUUGUCCAGGGUUUUAGAUAACAUGAGGAAUAGUUUAUGUGCCUCUUUGUGAAGAACAAAACAUUAGCAGAGGAUACUUACAUAUUUACUGAAGACUAAGUAAACCUGGUUACAAUUUGUUUUGCUAUGAUAUCUUUAUUUUUGUUUCUCCCAUCUGCUUAACUGUAACAAAGGUUUUUCUACAACAUCAAUUGAAUAACAAUUUAUUA